AUGAAGUCUGUGGUUGGACUCCUCGUUGCUCUUGCUGUAUCGUUGUCGGUCUCUCUUCCAGUGGCGGGCGAUCCAUGUGCAGCCAUUGCAGGGAAAUCAUUUGUGUUGGCACCAGAUGCACUGGCAUGUCUCAAGUCGUUUCCUUUCAACGAGACCCUCCGCCAAAACGUCCUUACCCACAAUAUCGCUCGAGUUUUCGACUUCUUCACCUUUGAAGACUAUUAUCUGCGGUCUCCCGUUCCCUUCCAAGAAUCUACAUCAAACAUCCGGGCCGAGCUCGCACGAAUCAAUACGACCACAUAUGCGACAGACUAUGAUUUCAACUGGGACUUGUAUACCACGAUCACGCAGCUAAACGACGGACAUACCCGCUGGUUUCCUGACUGCUACACGUCAUAUCAGAGUCUUGCUCCAGCUCCCAUCGUGUCUUUGGAGAUAAAUGGAGUCCAAGGAGUCUAUAUCAUCCCAGACCUUGUCGAUUUCAUCAACUCACUCGGCGCAAAUUACACCAAUCUUAUCACAAUCGACUGGCAACGACUUGCGGGCGCUAAGGUGGUUUCCAUACAAGGACAAGACCCAUAUGAAUAUGUCGACUUUGUCGCGAAAACUGUGUCAGGAAACUACCUUGACCACGGUGUCCGCGUCAACUCCGUCUUCAGUUCCUAUCGACUUGUCGGUGCCACAUACUCUCAGCGAUUUGGUGACCUUGCAGGACCCACAGGUGUCGCUCACAGUUCCAUCAAUAUGCAAGUUAUCGUCAAUGGAUCGACCAAAGCAGAGGCAAUCACCCUCCCCUAUAUUGCGAACUUCGCGGGGGCGGCUUUCACUAACCGCGAGUCUUUCUGGGCUAAUAACUGUGUUGCGAAUGACGAAACGAAUGGUGUCGACUUCAAAAACCCCUCGAUUGUCCCCAGUCCAAUGCGGCGCCGAAGAGAACCCAUUGCAAGCAUUGUAGAUAAGAGCGUCUCUAGCGCUUUUGGUCUUCCUCCCCAGUUCCAGCCAACUCUUCCAGUUCAAGGAGAUAAUCAAGGCAUUAUGAAAGCUUAUGUUCUACCAGGAAAUCGUACUGGAGUGCUUUUUGUUGGCUCCUUUGGCGGCAACUUUAGCACAUUCCAAACAGACGUUGUAGCUGCCUUCAAGAUAUUCAAGGCCUCCGGUGUCACGCAAUUGAUGAUCGAUCUGACAAACAACGGCGGUGGCUUCGUUUGCCUCGGCCAAUUUCUACAUUCGUAUCUCGCGGGGACCAUCAUAGGAUAUCCAGGCUUCCAGUCGACCAACAGAGCUAAUCCACUGGCCCGAAAAAUUGUGGCUUCCGAUAUCAAACUCGGCCUCACAGACCAACUCAGCUUCUACACAGCGGAUAACUGGGCAUUUCUCAAUGGAACUCAGAUGCCGGCCAACUACAACUACAUGGAUCCCGACGUCCCUCUCGUCGUGAACGGAAAAAACGACGUGACUUCACAGCGUUUUCAUGAUACCUGUGAACUCAGCUUUGACGUCCCAAUGCCGAAAACCCCGCCAAUCGAUUUAAGGAAUAUCGCUAUUGUGUCGAACGGGAAUUGCGCCUCGACUUGCGCGAUGUUCAGCACACUGAUGUUCGAAAAGCACCAGACAAAGAUAGCUGUGUUCGGUGGAAAGCCUAACGAAGACGUGCAAUUCAAGGGUAUGGCAGGGAACCAAGUUUUAGAGUGGAUCGAUAUUGAUUCAGAAAUCAAAACCGCCAAUCUGAAGGAUGAUCCACUCGCCCCCGCAGAUUUACUUGUCUCCGGAAAUUUCCGUCACAAUUGGCGUGCCGCAUGGAGUUUCGUGGACGAGCGGCUCCCUAUUGCAUACGUUUCUGAGCUGCCAAAAUUUCGAUUUGCCUAUACAUCGGAGACGUACAAUAACCCGCAAAAUCUAUGGCUCUUCUCGGAAAAGACACUAUUCGGCAAGUGA